AAUAGGCGGUGUUAACGUUAGUUCAAUCAAUUAAAGUAUUUUCAAUGAAAUUUUUACGCUAAAUAAGUUUAAAAGUUACAUUUAAAGAGUUCUUUCAUAGUUAAGUGAAAUAACAACACAAAUGUGCCGGAAUUCCGUGUUUUAGUAACACAAAAUCAGGCGUUUCCAUGGGCGUUAACUUCAGGCAGCUAACAAAAUCUGAAUUAUGAAUCUCAUAUCAAUAUUCACAUCAUUACUAAUAUUACAAUGCUACGGCCAAGAUUACAAUCCCACUUACGACCCGAGCCAGCCGAGCCCAACAAAUGACUACUUUAACGCAAAUCCAAAUGACCCAAGAGAUGACAAGCGAUAUGAAAAUCCUUAUGACCCUAGGAACCCAAAUCAGUACAAUAAUCCUUAUGACACCAGAAAUCAGUACCCAGAUCGGUACAAUCAGUUUGAUAAUAGAAAUGAUCUAAAUUAUAAUCAGAAUAGGAAUGAUCUGAAUUUUCCACAAGAUGUAACUCCGAGAGCAUCUUGGGACACGCAGAGGUCGUACAGUAGUCCUGGCGGUAAUGUGGAAUUGGAAGGACUUGUUGUAAGAGAAGCCACAUACUUCAUAGUCGCCUCCCGCAUGGUCCGGCCAGGCCAGAUCUACAAGAUCUCCGCGAACAUACUGCGCGCGCACAUGCAGAUGACGGUGCGCGCGUCCAUCUCUCGCGACGGUGUAGAGAUGACCGACGUUAGCAUGAGGGUCAAAGAGGGGGUGCCCGAGAUACUUAAUUUGAGGGUGCCAUCGACAGCGGUUCCUGGCGACUACAAGCUCCGCAUCGAAGGUCUAUACCUCGACAACCCGUUCGGCGGGCGCGCGUUCGUCAACGAGACCGCCCUGUCCUUCUCCCGUCGCUUCAUGACCAUCUUCAUUCAGCUGGACAAGCCCGUCUACAUGCAGGGACAGACUGUGCGUUUCCGCGCGAUCCCCAUCUCCACGGAGCUGAAGGCAUUCGGGCGCGCCAUUGACGUCUUCAUCCUGGACCCCAACGGCCGCAUCAUGAAACGGUGGCUUUCGAGACAGAGUAACUUUGGUACUGUGAGCCUGCACUAUCAGCUUUCCGACCAACCUCUAUUCGGCGAGUGGACUAUCCGAGUAGAAGCACUGGGUCAGACAGAGGAAGCUCAGUUCUUGGUGGAAGAGUACUAUCAGACCAGGUUUGAGGUGAACGUGACUAUGCCUGCGUUCUUUUUCAACACUGAACAAUACAUCCACGGACGUAUCAUGGCCAACUACACAUCAGGAGCUCCAGUUAGAGGCAACCUCACGCUUAAAGCGACUGUCAGACCGAUACCGCAGUACCGUCCGCGGUACUAUAGGGAGGGGCAGUUCAAUAAUAGAGGACAGUUUGGAGUGCCACCUGUGGGGAACAACAAUAAUCAGUAUUCGAGAGUCCGUCCAAACUUCAAUCCAUACUUAUACAACGAGAGCUACCAGCAAUACGAGUACGGGUUCCCAGACGAAUAUGCCAGACCAGAUCAUCGACAUUUGCCAGGGCAACCUAACCAGAUAGACCAGCCUGACUGGUGGUACGACCCGCAGAAGGUCUACACAAGAAUGUUUAACUUUGAUGAAAAAUACCCAUUUUGGAUGGAGAAACCCCACUUGUACGACAACCAAUACGGCUCCGAUUAUGGUAACCAGUACAACACGCACAACACACAGAACAACAUCAACACGCAGUACAACAACUACUACAACAAUCCAUCAUACUACGAUAAAUUGCCGUAUUUGAGAUAUUUUAACGGCACAUUCGACUUCAAAUACCCAAUGUCGGAGCUAGCCCAGCUAGUACCCACUCUAGACGGGGUCGAAGUCAUCAUCACAGCUUCCGUCGGAGACCCGUUCCUGGAUGACGUCAUCGAAGGCUACAGUAUCGCGAGGAUCUUCAACUCUUCGUUGUCUGUGACGUUCCUUGGUGGGACACCUCAGGUGUUCAAGCCUCACAUGCCUUUUGAUGUCUACAUGGUCGUAUCCUACCACGACGGAUCUCCACUACCGCGCUGGCAAGCAGUCAGCGUAUCCCUCACCGUACACAUCACAGUCGAAGGCCGCGGUGGCGGCGUCGAACCCCAGUACCCCACUCUCGUACCCGGCCACGACGCAGUAUGGCGGCUCAAAGUCGACUUGUAUAAAUUACUCAAACUCCAAAACGACCCGAACUACCGCGACGUGCUAAACGGCGUGACCGGCGUGCGGCUGAGCGCGUCGCUGAGCGACGGCGGCGGCGCGCGCGCCUCCGCCGACCUGCACGCCGUCGCGCACUACAGCCCCAAGCACCAGCAUAUACGGCUCUCCACCAGCACCACGGACGCGAGGGUGGGCGAAUACAUAAUAUUCCACGUGCAGAGUAACUUCUACAUAGAAUCGUUCAACUACGUCGUUAUGUCCAAAGGCAUCAUUCUCAUCAGCGGACAAGAAAAUAUGGAGGACGGCGUACGAACAUUCGCUGUGACUUUAUCAGCGGAGAUGGCGCCCGUGGCCACCAUCGUGGCGUGGUGCGUCGAGCGCCACGGACGCGUGCUGGCCGACUCGCUCACCUACCCCGUCAACGGCAUCUCCCGGAACAAGUUCUCGGUAUCCAUCAACAAUCGCAAACAUCGCACGGGCGAGCGAGUGGAGGUGGCUAUCUACGGUGAGCCUGGGGCCUAUGUCGGUCUGUCGGGCAUCGAUAACGCCUUCUACACCAUGCAGGCUGGCAACGAACUCACAUACGCUAAGGUUAUAUCUCAAAUGUCCCACUUUGACGAGGCGACCAACGGCACUUUUGCGUACACAUGGCGUUCACACAUCGGCGUCGCGGACCAGCUGGUUUACUUCCCGUCCUCCACCUUCGGCAUCGACGCCAACACUACCUUCGAGUACGCCGGGCUAGUGGUGUUCAGCGACGUGCCAGUGACGCAACGUCCGAACGCCUGCAACGCGUCCAUGGGACUGGGAACUUGCCUCGAGGGGGGCUGCUACCCGCUCAGCAAACACUGCGACGGCGUCUUUGAUUGCGCCGACCACACCGACGAGGCCAACUGCCAACACGACAACAGCUUCGAGCUGUCCCACUUCCGCAAGUUCCGCUUCAACCGCGUCCAACGCCAGUACGACAACGUGUGGCUCUGGCGCGACGUGAACAUCGGUCCGCACGGCCGCUACGUGUUCACGGUGGACGUGCCCCACGUGCCCGCGCACUGGACCGUGUCGGCCGUCAGCAUGUCGCCCAACAGUGGGCUCGGCAUGCUGCAUGAGCCGGAGCAUUACGUGGGAGUGCUGCCAUUCUUCAUACAAGUGGAAGGCCCGGACCGUUGCCGCCAGGGCGAACAAGUUGGUCUGCGCGUGGUCGUGUUCAACUACCAGCCCCAAGCAGUCGAGGCGGUUGUCGUACUGUCCGCUUCGCCUGACUACAAGUUCGUGCAUGUCGAGGAAAAUGGCAUCGUCCGCUCAUACAAUCCGCGCACAUCAUUCGGCGAGCACCAGUUCUUCGUGUACAUCGCGGCCGGCGACGCGGCCACCGUGCACGUGCCCGUCGUGCCCACCCGCCUCGGCGACGUGCACGUGCACCUGCACGCUUCUACUCUGCAGGGGCAACAUAAAUACACCAAGAAGAUCACGGUUGAGGCUGACGGCCUCCCACAACACCGGCACCAGUCAGUGCUCCUCGACCUCUCCAACCGCGCCUACGUGUUCCAAUACAUGCACGUCAACGUCACCGAAACGCCCAUCAUCCCCUACGAGGUCGACCGCUACUACGUGUUCGGCUCCAACCGAGCCAGGGUCUCUGUUGUUGGAGACGUGGUUGGUCCCCUGUUCCCCACGAUGCCUAUAAACGCUACGUCUCUACUAAGGCUACCCAUGGAUUCAGCCGAACAGAACAUGUUCAGCUUCGCCGCCAACAUGUACUUCACACUGUACAUGCGUCUCAUCAACCAACGCAACCGGACCUUGGAGAAGGGCGCGUUCUACCACAUGAACAUUCUUUAUCAACGCCAGUUGUCCUUUAUGAAACCCGACGGGAGUUUCAGCUUCUUCCGAAGUGACUGGAAUCAAUCGGCUUCGAGCGUGUGGCUCACGUCGUUCUGCGCCAAGAUCUUCCAGGACGCCUCUUUCAACGAGUGGGAGAACUUCAUCUAUAUAGACCCGGAUGUGAUCUCGCAGGCGGUGUCUUGGGUGCUGGAGCACCAGACGCCGGGCGGCGCGUUCUACGAGGUGACGUGGAUGCCGGACCGCAACCAGAACUCCUCCAUCCACGUGCCCCGCGACAACCCGAGGAUACGGGAGAUGGUGGGCGUCGGGGGGGUCAAGGACGUGUUCGGCUCCGCCGCUACUGAGAUAAACAACACGAUAAUACUACAAAGGAACAUCACGUUGACAGCUCAAGUAGUCAUCACCCUCGAAACCGUCAAGAACCUCAAGGAUAUUGGUGUUAGAGAGGGUCUGUCCGCCCGCGUGUCGCAGGCCCAGCAGCGCGCCGUGGGCUGGCUGGAGCAGCACCUGAAGCUGCUGCAGGACUUCGGCGACCCGUACUCCAUGGCCGUGGUGGCGUACGCGCUCACCGUGGCCAAGGCCUCCAGCUCCGAGCACGCCUACAAGCUGCUCAAGGGCUUCCAGCGAGCUGAAGGUGGACUGGUGUACUGGGGCAAAGAGCGCGUCCCGCAACCCCCCUUCAAGAUGGAGAACCAGAAGCCCUUCUUCCUGCCCCGGCUGCCGUACAAGCACGACUCGUACAACAUCGCGGCCACCGCGUACGCGCUGCUCGCGUGCAUGGACCACCAGGACGACAACGAGCCCAUCGUCAUGUGGCUCAACUCCAUGCGGCUCACGGACGGCGGCUGGGCUUCCACUCAGGACACGUACGUGGCUCUACGCGCGCUGAUCGAGUACACGAACCGCAAGCGUCUCCGCGACGUGUCCGCGCUCACCGUGACCGUGGACGCCGUGGCGCUGCAGGGCGCCUCGAGGGUGCUGCACGUCGAGAACACCAACCUCGCCGUCAUGCAGUACAUCGACAUCCCAGAAGCCUGGGGAACAGUGAAGGUGGAAGCCCGCGGCGCCGGCUACGCCAUCCUGCAGAUGUCCGUCGCCUACAACGUGGACAUCCCGCGCUUCCAGACCGACCCUCCCGUGCGGGCCUUCUCACUGAUGGCGCACGCGCACUUCUACGGACGGAACCAGUCGCACAUCGACUACCAGGCCUGUGCUAGCUGGACCUACCUAGAAGAAUCCCCCCGCUCCGGCAUGGCUGUGCUGGACGUGGCCAUCCCGACGGGCUACAUGAUCCAGCAACAACGUCUGGACGCCUACGUGCUGUCCCAACGGGUGGCCUUACUCCAGCGAGCCAAGUAUCUGCCCACCCAGCUGCUGUUCUACUUUGACUACUUGGACUCUGAGACGACGUGUGUGAACUUCACGAUCGAGCGCUGGUUCCCGGUUGCCAACAUGUCUCGUUUCCUGCCUAUUCGAGUAUAUGACUACUACGCGCCCGAGCGUUACAACGAGACAAUCUUCGACGCGCUACCGACCUACCUGCUCAACAUCUGCGAAGUAUGCGGCUCCUCGCAGUGCCCGUACUGCUCCAUAUAUAACGCUGCGACACGACCCGCCGCCGCCGCCGCCGCCGUCACACUACUGCUCGCUCUGUUCACUGUGGCCAGACACAUACGGGGCAUUGGCACGUAACACAUAUAACGUAUUAUAGGUAUUUUCACCAUCAAAUAAUUGACCAUUUGUAAACAUUGUUGGAAGGAGAUGGUUUAUCGAUGGUUAACCUCUCGAACGCCGGAACGUGGAUCCGCGCAGUAAGUAUUGAAUUCUAAUUAAUAAUUGUGAUGUUUUCAACCAAAAGGUACCACAUUGUCGCUUGUUGAUAAGGUUGAUUUCUAAUUUAAGCUAUACUAAAUAGUAUUUAAGCUAUAGGAAAUAGCGCCUUACUGACAAGCGACAAUAAGUACCCUUUUGGUUGAAAAUGGAAAGUUCAAUACCUUUACCUACUAACGUGGAUCCGCGUUCGAGAGAUUAACGCGUUCCAGGGUUAGCCAACUAACUCGGAGUUGACCGUUUAUAAAGGGUUAAACCGUAUUUACGGUUAAUUUCGAGUUACUUGGCUAACCCUGGAACGCGUAAGUGACACUAAGAGUUUUUUUGAACAUUUACGUUAUUUGGAGUGUUUCCGCUCAAAUGUGAUCGACAGUAAAGGAGUUAGAUCCGAUAUUACUAUAUCACACUACUGUUUAUGUUAUCAAAGGCCUAUGUAACUCCGUAUAAGAUUAAUACAGUCUAGGGAAUAAACGUGCUUCAGAAAUCAAGAAAAAUUGAUUCUCGGAUGGCGCCUACACCUUUGGCCUGUUCUCGGCUAGACUGCGUUGACGAUCCCGUUUGACAUUUAACAAUUUUAACACAUAUCAGUGAAAGAACAUGGAUCAAAAUCAUAUAAAAAUAACAAAUACAAAUAAAGAAAUCAUUUAUCCAUACAUAUAUACAUUUUUUGGUAUUUUAUACAUUUUCAUUUCUAGUUUUAAUCAUGUGUCGAUAGAUGGCAGUAAAUUUACUGUGACUACAAAAUUUACUAAGACAGUAACCCUCUAUCCUAUAUAUUCACUUUGAUGUCAGUGAUGUUAUAUACACUACUAGUGUUUGGUAUGUGAAGGUGAAAUGUUCUGAUCUGAGAAAUAGAUACUAUGAAAGAUUUUUGUAUGAUUAAACUUAAAUUUAAUGUUUUAUAUUCGUCAGGAAUAAAUAUUUGUGACGUUUUUAACCAAAAGGUACCACAUUGCCGCUUGUCGAUUUCUAAUUGAAGCUAUAUGGAAAUAGCGCCUUACUGACAAGCUACAAUAAGUCCAUCGGACAUCCAGGCGCGGGGAGCGAAUGCACCAGUUCGUGGUCCACAUUCCAUUCGUUCGGACGAAACGUUUUGCCUCCUCCUUUUUGGUACGGACGGCUAAGGAAUGGAAUGCGCUUCCGCCAUCUGUAUUCCCUGAUCAAUAUGACCUCGGUCUCUUUAAAACAAGAGUGAAUAGGCUGUUACUGAACCGGUGAGCUCCAUCUUAGGCCCUGUCUUCACUUUCCAACAGGUGUGACUAGGGCUAAUCGCCGAUCAGUUUAUGGUUACCCUUUUGGUUGAAAAUGGCACAUUUGUGGUCUACCUCCCCAUAAACUAUACAAUUAACUGCUGAUAAGAUUUCAGAUCACUAAAAUUACAGAUUUUUUUUACAAAUGAUGUAGCACUAUUAAAAAGUAGUAAAUAUCUCAUGAUGGUAUCACUAUCUCAUGUAUGUAUGAAUAAAUACUUAGCUCCAGUGAAUUAAUUGUCUCCAUUAUGUGCCUGUUUUGACUGAAUUUGAAUCUCAAGGAGUUUAUCAAUACGCAGUAAUUUAUAUAAUUGAAAAAGUACUGCUUAUAUUUUCAUCGUCCAGUUAAACAUCGCCAAUUAUAGACAUUAUUACUUCGUAAAGACCGGCCUUACGCGCACUACGAAUGAGGCCGAUACAUUGGAGUCAAAAGCGCAUUUAGUUACACCAGCGCGCUCAGUCGUGUAGCGAAUUGCGCAGUGGAAAUGCGUCACCAUUGGUGUAAACGAAGUAUAAACGUAUGCAUACAAUUCCGACCGAACAACGGCGCCUUUCCUCUGCUCAAUUCGCCACACGACUGAGCGCGCUGGUGUAACUGAAUGCGAUUUUGACUCCAAUGUAUCGGCCCCAUUCGUAGUGCGCGUAAGGCCGGUCUUUACGAAGUAAUAUAUAUGUCUAUGUCACCAAUACUGUACUUAUUUUAUUUUCUAUGUAUUAAACACAAUAUUCACAUUUCGUAAUGUGUAACAUUUUAUGUAAAAAAUAUAGAUUUAAGAUUGCAACCAUAUCAACAUAUUAUUUUGUCAUAUGUAUUGGUAGCUAAAAGUAUUUACCAAGGCAGUUGUUUUAAUAUGACUAUAAACUGCAUUUAUGACCUUUGAUUAAUGUUAGUUUAGUAUAGAAUCUCUUUGUUAUUGUAUAGUUUAGAUGAUUUUUAUUAACCACCGUUUGAUAUUAACUUAACAAUCGUAUGUUUUAUAUUUGCUUUUGCUGUACUAAAAUAUGCCUUCAGUAUACUUUUGUCUGAAAGUAUUCCUAUAAAAAAGACAUUUAAUUUUCUUUUUCCGUGUACCUGUCUUUGUAGACGUAAGAAAUCUAGCAAACUGACCUUGUACUAUUCAUUCCAAAAUAUUUAGUAGUUAGAAUAAAUCAGACUAGGCUUUGUUUGUACUUUCUUGUUCACGCUCAGUGAAUUGUUGAGCCAUUUAGGGUUCUAGCUAAAUUGGGCAUUCCAUAGCGUAAGUAUUGAACAACCAAUUUAGCUAGGACCCUAAAUGGCUCAACAAUCGCGAAGCGUGAUUGUUCUGUAUAGUCUGCAUCAUCUCAAAUGACAUUUUCGUCUAAGACGGUAAUCUGUUAAACAAAAGCCAUUGUCACUUGUGCGAGCUGUCGGCCUUUGUGUGCCAUUGUGUAUUGGCGCGUGCGGCGCUCACACACAGUGGCCGACCGCUCACACAAAAGAGACAAUGGCUUUUGUUUAACACAUUACUCUUAGACGAAGAAGUCAUUUGAGAAGAUGAGUCAAUGUGAAUGUUUUGUCACGGCCAUCAACAUUUUUUUUUAUACUACGUCGGUGGCAAACAAGCAUACGGCCCGCCUGAUGUUAAGCAGUCUCCGUAGCCUAUGUACACCUGCAACUCCAGAGCAGUUACAUGCGCGUUGUCGACCCUAACACUCCUCUCCCUCGAGCUCUGGCAACCUUACUCACCGGCAGGAACACAACACUAUUAGUAGGGUCUAGUAUUAUUUGGCUGCGGUUUUCUGACAUCACAAUCACAUCUUGAAUUUUCUCGUUUUUCACACAUUAUCAAACUUCAAGUUUCAUUUUAGUUGUAGGUUAAACUUGCUCUUUUACUGCCGAUGUUCUUUUCGUUGGUGCUGUCAGCAUUUAUUUAUUUAUUUUCAUUUUAACUUUGAUGUCAGAUACCUAUUAUAUCUUUAUAAUAUACUGCAACAUAACUGAAUUCAACAUUCUAAAACUUCUAAAUUCAGAUAAAUGGUUUGAAAGUUUUUUUAAUAUGUAGCAAAGAUAGAUAUAACUCCGUAAUAGAUGGAUACAGUCUAAGGAAAAAACGUGCCUCGAAAAUCACGAAAAUUUGAUUCUCGAUCAGAUGGCGCCACUAGUUUUGGCCUACUUUCGUAUAGAGGGCGUUGACUGUUUCGUUUGUUAUUUAUAAUUUUAACGCAUACCAGUGAAAGAACAUGGGUCAAAAUCAUAUAAAAAUAAUUAAUGCAAAUAAAAAAAUCAUUUAUCCAUAUUUAAAUACAUUUUAACGUAUUUUUAUAAAUCUUCAUUUUUAGUUUUAAAGUAUGUCGAUAGAUGGCAGUGAAUUUACAGUGGUUACAAAAUUUACUAUGACAGUACCGCUCUAUAUUAUUAUAUCCUCAUUGUAUGUAGCAUAAAAUGCAACCUUGCCUUUUGGACAAAAAAUUGAUGGCAUUACAACCAAUUUAAUGUAUGUAUAUAAUUUUAGAUCGUAGUAUGUAUGAUUAGAUGUAAGAAUUCUUUUAUUAUUUUCCCUUUGUCAUUAUGACAAAUGAAAACAUUGCAAUACUGAAUCACAUGUCAAUAACAUUGCCUUGUUAGUUUUGUAUGAAAAUAAAAAUAAAUCGCAAAAUAUUUUUGUAGAGAAAUAAAAUUAUGGAGUUAUUGUAGACAUAAAUUUAGGUAGUUUGUUUGUGAUCAUUUAUGUAAAAUUUCUGAUCAUACUAAAGACAAUAUAAAAUAAAGAAAGAAUGUUAUAAUGCAAAGUUAAUGUACAAAAUGUAAUCUCCCGUCCAGGUGUAUCUCGUCAAAUAUAAAAUAUAUUUAAUAACAUAUUAUGGAAUGAAUCUCAAGCUUCAUAAUGUUACUUAAGUAGUUUCCGUCCAAAUUACCAAUGACUGAUUUUUUAUUAUUUUUUUAUAUGUAUUUGUGUCUAAGUUGUACAACUUGUACAUGUUUAGUAGGAAUGAAAUCUCAAUUUAGAUUUUCAUAGAUUUAUUUCCAAAUAAAAACCUUGUGCAAAAUAUCU